AUGUCCAGUACGCCUACUGCUACGUGCGGUGCUUGUGGCGCUGCUUCUGGCGUCGUGGGCGCUCCUGUUUGUCGCUGGCCCCGGCUCGCUCCCUGUGGCGGUGCCGCCGUACAACCUGAACAGCUACUACGCCAACGGACAGCUGUAUGUGCGCGGCGAGCUGGACGAGAAAUCGCCGUCGGUAGUGGACGACGCGGCGCUGAUUGCGCCGCCGCAGAUGUUUCUCUGCAACGCCGACGGCCUGCCCUUCUGGUGCGCCCAGUGCCGUUCCAUCAAGACGUUACGCUCACACCACUCCUCCACGCUGGGCCGCUGCAUCCCGCGUUUCGACCACUACUGUCUCUACAUCGGCACAAUCGUGGCGCAGAACAACUACGCGUGGUUUCUGUGCUUUGUGUCGUGCUUCGAGCUGCUCUUUUUCUACAUCUUGGUGUCGACGUUUGCGUUUUCCGAGGCUGUGCUCAGCUACGGCCCGCACCACACCCUGCACCCGGCCGCGCUGCUCAUGAUCGUCGUCAACGAGCUAUUCACGCUGCUGCUGCUGACGCUCAACAUGUCGAUCGGCCACAUUUUCCAGCUCAACGAGACCAGCAUCGACUUCUUGCAGCUCAGCAGGGCCCGGCAGUACAGAUACACGCUUGGCUCGCGCCAGUCGAGACUGAAAAACAUUCUAUUGCGUCGCAAAAUUACCAAAGAACAGGCCCGCACGGGACUCGUCAACUCCCAGCGGUACGUCAGCGCCGAGCAUCCGGACGCGCCCAACGUGCGUGUCGUGCUGCCAGUCCCGGAAACAAUCCACCCCUACAACAAAGGGUAUCUGGAAAAUGCUCUGGACUGGUUCAGCAGCCGCAAAUUCACCGCUGCGCAGGAAAUCGUUGCGUACGAGUACGAAAUGCUGUCUCCGCAAUUUAG